AUGAUCGGCACCUCGUUCCCAGAAUGGAUCUUUAUCCGUCUCUCCAUCCUCUUCUUCCAAUACACGCCUCUCGUCUACGUUGCGGCAAUCAUCGCCUUGCCUAUCCUCUACGGCUCCGCAGCCUUGUCGCAGCCUGUCGCUUGGGUUCUUUAUACGGCGCUCUUGGCUGAGGCUCUCUUCUUUGGGCUCGUCUAUCGUCCGUACCUCGUGCGUCUCAAGCAAAAUGCUUGUCACCCAUCACCGCUCUCAUCGACAGAACGGAUGGCUUUGUUCAAGCGAUGCAUGAUCAACAUCCAAGUUGUAGAAACAUAUUUGCAGGGGUGGUUUCUCGGUGCGCAUCCCGAUGACAUUCGGCGCGACAACGUAAGAGAAUUCCUCCUUUGGGCAUUCUUCGAGCAGGGAUAUGAGACCACCGGUAUGGAUGAUGACAAUUCGGAGGCUACGGGCCAAGAACUUGCCGAGUUCAUUUCCAUGAUCGAGGAGAAGCUAGGACGCCCCUUGAAAGAAGGCUAUGGGAGUGCACAGAGCCUGCGUCUCACGCUCGAUACCGUCGAGUCCUCCUAUCGAAGCCUGCUGUGGUACAUGAUCAUCUUCUGUGUCGACCAGUUUACUCACCUGGCCUUUCUCUGGCAUGGGUUCGAAUACUAUCACAAAAGUCGGGCCAAUGCACUUCGCGUCUUCCCUCCACGCCCUCAGGAGCUCGUUGGGGGUCGACAGUCUCCCUCACCCCAGUUAAGCUACUGGCAUCGCCCCCACUCAGCCGAGGACAAGGUCCCGGUCGUUUUCUUCCACGGCAUUGGUAUCGGGCUCUGGACAUAUAUCGGGUUCCUCGCAAGAUUGUCUGGAACGAGAAAGAAUGGAAACGGCAGUAUUGGAAUUAUCGCCAUCGAGGUGCUGCCGCUGUCAUUCCGCCUCACAUCUCCGAUCCCAAGCAAGGCCGACUUCCUUGAUCAGAUGACCACCAUCAUCGACCACCACUGCUGGCAGGAAUUCUCGGUAGUCUCACACUCUUACGGCUCCGUCCUAACAACCCACAUGCUCCACUCUUCCAGUCUGCAGCACCGCAUCCCUUCUGUUGCUCUGAUCGACCCGGUUACCAUCGCGCUCCACCUCCCCCACGUCGCCUACAACUUUACACGACGGCGGCCCAAGAUGGCCAACGAGUGGCAGUUGUGGUACUUUGCGAGCACCGACCCGGCUGUGGCGCUCUGUCUAGGACGCCACUUCUUCUGGCGGGAGAACAUCUUAUGGAAGGAUGAGCUGCUUGUGUCCGAGAGUGGCGGGCGCAGAACGGAGAGGAAGGCUGUAAUAAGUCUGGCUGGGCGGGAUUUAAUCGUCGGUACGGCGGCUGUUUCAAACUACCUGGAUGCAGGCGAAGGGGCUGGCGUCGGCGAGUUGGGUCGUGAAGAGCGUGACAGGAUUAACGUGGUGAUGUUCCCAAAGUUGGACCAUGCGCAACUGUUUGACGACCGUUCCGCUGCCGAUUCAGUACUCGACUUGGUUAGGUCCAACUGCGUAAUUGAUAGACCUGCGCUGCCGCAGUAA